CUGGAUAAUUGGAUGGCUUUACCAAAUCAAAGAUGGAUAACGCAGACUGUACGUGAAUUUUCCACCAGAUAUAUCGCCGAAUGCGAAAUCAAUACACUCAUUUUUAUUUUAUUUUUUUUAUUACCUUUGGCUAGCAUUGCUGACAGGUGGGAGACCGGAAGUGACGUAUCAGGAAGCAGGAAACUGUCCUGGAAGGCGACUGUAGUGAUGGCGGUGGUCUUGUGUCACCAUGGAGUCUCUCUCCUUUUCCUCCCUUUGCUUAUAUUGCACCCUAGGAGCACUGCUGACAUGACAGACGGGAAUAGUGAGCACUUAAAGAGGGAGCACUCUCUUAUCAAGCCAUACCAAGGUGAGGGAAUGGAGCUUAGCCCCACACUCAUGGCCAGACACAGGGCAAGACCCUCCCCAACAAUGUCUUCAAUAAGUCACAACAAAUACCAUGUUUAAAAAAACAAAACAAAAAACUAGACCUCCCAGCUGUCAGAGAACUACAUCUCCCAUGAAGCUUUCCAGUGCCAAGGCUGGCAGAGCAUCAAGGGAGUUGUAGUUGGACAAGAGAUGUGGGUCUAGCCAUUAUCCCACUCUAUGUAUGGAGUAAACCCAAAUCUGGUAAUAGAAAACCUAUCAUGGCUGCAUUGCCAGUACCAAACACAUGUCGUUUAUGUGCUGUACAGGUGUGUGUGUGUUAUGCAGAUCUAAACGUUUGCAACCGUCUCCUCCCCACUCCCCACACCUUAACCACAAUAUGUACAUGUGAGAGCAUUCUUAUAAUAAUAUCCUACAGUAAAACGUUAUUGUAUUGUUGUUUAUUUCUCUAUUUGGAUACUCUGCAGCAGUUCUUUAGUUAGUAAUUUACUUGACUUGCAUUUACAUUUUGUAUUUUUUUUUCUUUUACCCAUUACUAUGAAUGUUACUUGUAACUGCUUUAUUUCAAGCUUUUUUGUUAUGCUCAUUAUAACUUCUGUAGUGAGUGUAAUGUUGCAAUUAAAGGGACACUAUAGUCACUAGGACCUCUGCAGGGUUUGUACAGGGUUUGGUGUCUAGCCUGUCCCUGAAAGCUUUUCAAUGUAAACACUGCCUUUUAAGAGAAAAGACCGUGUUUACAUUGCUACCUAGUAACACCUCUAGUGGCAGUCACUCAGAGGGCCACUAGAGGUACUUGCUUUUUGUUCAUAGUCUCCACACUCUGCAUAAGGACGCUGAGCACUCCCAAUAGAGAUGCAUUGAUUCAAUGCAUCUCUAUUAUGAGAUGCUGAUUGACUCAGAGUUUUGCCACGCAUGCGUUAUAGCAUCCCAAUGCUUUUCUAUGGGAAAGCAUUAGAUUGGCUGAGAUCACCAAGAUUGAUGUUCUCAGCCAUGGAGGUGGAAUCAAACAGGACAGCCGUGGCGAGACAGGCAUGGGGGGAAAAAGAUUAGUGAAAACACCUUUCCCAUGCGAUCGGAGGUGGGCUGGAGACCUAAAUACUUAGUUUAAAGGGAAACACUAGGCUAGGAAUACAAAAUUGUAUUGUUAGCACUACAGUGCCCCCUUGACAUGCGUGCCCCCUGCAGCGCGCAGAGAGUUAAAAAACCUUUCAUUCAAUUACCUGAAUCUAGCACCGAUGUCCCUCAGCGGUGGGUCAGGCUCUGUCUCCCUCCCCUGAGGCCAGCCAAUGUUGGGGACCCAAUGCUCAAGUGCCGCGUUCGCAUUAGAACAACCCUGUAGGAAUGUAUUGAAUCAAUGCUUUCAUAUGGGAUUUUAACUGGUGCUGGAUGUCCUCACGCAUCGCCUAAUGACCCAGAAGCACCUCUAGUAACAGUCUGGUAGAUAGCCAUCAAAGGUAAAAUUAACCUUGCAAGGUAAUUAUUGCAGUUUCUAAAUAACUGCAAUAAUUACAAUUGCAGGGUUAACUGAAAUGGACAGUGCACCCAGAUCAUUUCAAUGUGCUGAAGUGGUCUGUGCGCCUAUAGUGUCAAGAAUGCAUGUUUGUAUUCCUGACAUUAUAGAGUUCCUUUAAUGCAGGGGUUCUCAAUCCAGUCCUCAAGGACCCCCGAACUGUCCAGGAUUUGGGGAUUACCCUGCUGUGCUUAAUGUGUUUUUUUGGGGUGGUGGGGCGGGGGACAAACACUUUAGACACAACAGGGUAAUCCCUAAAUCCUGGACUGGUAGGGGGUCGUUGAGAACUCCUGCUUUAAAGGGACACACCAAACACCUAAAGCACUUGUACUUUUGCUUUCUGACAUGCUUUACGUGUGAAGAGUGUAUCCUGUUGUGUUGUUUGUUUGUUAUUUCGAAAAAGUGCAGAUUUGAAUGGAAAUUGGCUCAUUUAGGAAAUAACGUUGUUACAUCACCUGGCUGUCAGACACCCAGUCUAGUUACUUGUCAGAAUCCUAAAUUUCGCUCAGUUGAGCUAAACUCAGGAGGCAGACAAUUGCUCAGAGGACCUGCCUUGCAAAAACCUCUCAUUGAGCUGCUUUGGGAAGCCUGUUAUUGGAGAGCCACAGAAAGUCUGGGCUGUGGAAUAAGGGGAGGGCUUGCAAAGGCUGCAGACAAAAGAUCUGUAGCUUUUCCAAGCUGUUUUUAGUUACACCACUAUUGGGGGGGAAAGGCAUAAUUAAAUACAUAUGUAUUUUCAUUGGGGAUGUAUCUACUAAAUAGUAAAAAUAUAUUUUUUUCCUGUCCAUUGGAGUGUUUCUUUAAAGAAGCAGUAUAACUAAUACAGCACUGCAGUGCCUAUGAUGCCCGUAAUCCCCUUGCGCCAUACUACAAGAAACAAAUCAAACUAUUAUUGUUUUGAUGGAUGGGCAAUUACCUGUGUGCCCCUGGUUCUUACUUUUCUCUGACAUAUUCAGAUUUAGCUAUAUUUGAAGGUAGAAAGACCGCGACCGCCCUGGAGACCUAGGUUAGUGUCAAAUUGUCCAAGAAACAGUUUAAUUCCUUACCGUGGGAUGGCGCCAGUGUACUCUUAGUACGAAAACUACUAAAGUGGUGGUUAGAAUUUCUUAGUUUUCUUUAAUAUGGAAAAAAGAUUAUAAACAUCAAGUUACACCUUUCACAGAUAAAUAAUUUUGAACAAAAAGCAUAAUAAAACACAUUGAAGCAUUUUUCAAGUUUGACUUUGACAUUUGAAAAAAAAAAAAGUAUUCACUCCUUUGUUAAAAAUACAUCUUUGCUGUCAUAACCAAAGUUUUUCCUAAUCGUUUGUUCUGAACAUCUUUUGAAUCAUUUUGUGGGGGGAAACACAAACAUGCUUAUUUCACUUUUUUUGUCACACCUAGCAGCAUAACCAUACAGCUCUCUUGGCUUCUUAUCUGGGGUAUGCCCUGCACUACUCCCUGCCUUCACUAGUAAUGUCAAAAAGCUGAAAGUUCCUAAGCAGGAACGUCCGUUAGCUCUACUGAGUUUAGACUGCAGUGUAGGGCUUAGCUCAUUGGCUGAGAGUGAUAAGCUGAUACUUAGGAACAUCCGGCUCUCCAGCAUUGGUAGUUGAGGUGGGACCCCUGAUACAAGUCAACCUGUUAAAAGAACUGUUUCUGCUUUAUAUAUAUAUAUAUAUAUAUAUAUAUAUAUAUAUAUAUAUAAUUAUUAUUAUUAAUAAUAUGGACUGUCUUAAUUGCCAUACAGGUGUAGGUUCCAGUUCAAUGCCAUUAUGGGAUUUCAGUGGAAGUACAAUGCUGACUAGUCAGUAUGUGCGCUUGACGCCAGAUGAGAGAAGCAAGGAGGGUUCAAUCUGGAACAGAAUAGUAAGACAUUAUUUAUAUAUUCUUACAAAGAUACCAAUAGGUCAAAUGAGAUGAGGUUCAAUGCUGCAUUUUCUACAUUUCAGCCUUGCUUCUUGAAGGAUUGGGAACUUCAUGUGCAAUUUCAUGUCCAUGGGUCUGGGAAGAAAAAUCUCAAUGGAGAUGGCUUUGCUUUAUGGUAUGCAAGGGAUCGGCUACAACCAGGUAACCUAGUAAUAGUUUUAUUGACUUCUUGGGAUGGUCAUUUGUUUGUGUGUUUUCUUUCUGUAGUUAAAAACAAAUUUUGUUAUUGAAAGGUCCUGUGUUUGGAAACAGAGACAAGUUCCACGGUUUGGCUAUAUUCCUGGACACAUACCCCAAUGAUGAAACAACAGAGGUUAGUUCCAGCAAUGUGAUAUAUGGAUAUCUUACAGACACAGGGCAAACGGUGGUCUUUACUGAAACGUUGUAUACAGUAAAGGGACAUGUUACUCCCUAAAAUAAAAAAAUGUGUUUUGAACAGUGAUGGAAAUUGUAUUGUUUUGGUUCUGUACUCAAUCAUUUUGAAUCUAAAUUGAAACAAUGGCUUGAAAGCUAAAGUGCAGACUGUACAUUAGUUUGUGGAUAUUUUAAUCUGAGAACUACUUGGGAAUUAUAGCACCUCCGUUUUAGUGGACAAUAGGUAACUGGACCAAUGAACAGAAAUUAUCAAAAGUCAUUCUAAAAGGACACUUGGUGUACCAUAACCACUCCGGUUUAUUGUAGUGGUUUUGGGAUCAGUUCUAUUUGGUUUGACAAACAGAUAAUACAAUUCUUUUAUUUAUUUUAUGUAUGUAACAGAAAGACAAAGUUGGUAUUUUGUAUGUGUGUGGGAGGAUCAACAUUUGAAGUUUGCUGCAAUAUGCAAUGCCAUAUUUCCAGUUUUUACUGAGCUCUCUAGAGACUACGAAAUAGGCUGAAAACACUGAAGGAUUACAGAGUAUAAUCCAUAGAGUAAAGUAUGGCAUUCUUUUUAAUAAGUAUAAAAUUACACCCCACCUAAGAAUGUGCUUUAACUUUGCAGCGUGUCUUUCCUUAUAUCUCUGUAAUGGUGAACAAUGGAACUGUAGAGUAUGACCACAGCAAAGAUGGGCGUUCCGCAGAAUUGGCAGGCUGUACAGUUGAUAUCCGCAAUAGGAAUCACGACACGUUCCUAGCUGUGCGCUACUCCAGGGGCCGUCUUACGGUGAGAAUGGGCAUUUUUUUUCCACAAGUCUGCUAAUAUAAUUAGCAAAUGGGACUGAUUUCCUCCAAGCUAACUGAUCUCGUUUCCCUGUAGGUAAUGACUGAUAUUGAAGAUAAGAAUGAAUGGAAGAACUGUGUUGAUAUAUCUGGAGUCCGGUUGCCCACAGGAUACUUUUUUGGAGCCUCUGCAGCUACUGGAGACUUAUCAGGUUGACUGAGCAUAUUGUGUACCUUUAGCACAUACAUAUUCUCUGCGGUUUAUGUGUCUGUCAUAAUAUAAUUAUUUUUUUUAUGUCUGUAGAUAAUCAUGAUAUCAUCUCUAUGAAGCUUUAUCAGCUAAUGGUUGAACAUUCACCAGAUGAUGAGAAUAUUGACUGGACUAAGAUAGAGCCCAGUGUGAGUCUGCUGAAAUCUCCCAAAGGUAUGCAUGUGCUGUUCUAGUCUUAUAGACAAAUGAUAGCUACACUUACUUCACAAACAUCUGGUGGGUCAAAAAUCACCAAAUUCCGAUUGACUAUGCUACUGUGAUUACUGUGUUCUAUGAGGGAAUCUCAUGGGACACCCUUGACAUCAACGCAACUUAAAAUAUAUCCCAGUGAAUACAUGCAUGCAUGUAUUCAUUGGGGCUAUAUCUUAAAAGAGCUUCCUUAUUUACUACAGCCAUUGCAAGCUCUCCCACUUUUCUCCAGAAAAUACUUUCGGUCAUUGAGAACCCUAUGAAACUAUUCCUCGUGCAUCUGCGCAACCACUCAUGCUCUUGUGUCUGCUCGUAUGCGCAUGCGUGCACACACCACAUUCUAAACUGAAGUCUGAGGAGGAGUUAUGAGGUAGGUGGAGGCGUGCACACUUAAAGCGGCACUGUCAUGCCGAACUUACCUUUCUUUAAUCGAUUCCUCUAGUUAUCUUUAAAACAUAAGACAAAGUAGGGACAUGCCCCUGUCUAGCGAGUAGGGGCAGAAUUUACUAAUACUAAGUAUCUUUACUUAGUAUUAGUACAUUUGGCUGAAAGACAAAUUUAGGUCUUCCAGCCUUUUGAUAGAUCCCUAAGACCAUGGCAUGAAUAGGAUUGGAGUUUCAUUCAUUCGAAUGUAAUUCCGAUCCGAAGAAAGUCCCGAAUUGCGUCGUAACACGAAUGGAGAAACUGUUCUCAUUCUGUUGUUUCGCCGGCGUUCUCUCUGUGAAAGGAGGCUUCGUGGGAACAUGGAGGAAAGGUGAGAAUUGUGGGGAAAUAGCUUUUGACCACUGGAAAUGAAGAACACUUUGCUCCUCCGCUGGUCAAAGCUGGUCAGGCGUAGGAGACCUCCAUAAGACAAAAGUAAUCUCUACUUUGUCUUAUGUUGUAAAGAUAACUAGAGCAGACAGGAAGAAACGAAGAACAGAUCCUGACAGAGGAAGAGAAGAGGAAUCAAUUAAAGAAAGGUAAGUUCGGCAUGACUGUGCCGCUUUAAGUACCUUAGGGGAGUUAAUGGAAUUUGCUGUAGUGCUUUAUGGAUGUGGAGUAGUCCUUUAAGUGCAUUUGCUAGAUUUUGUUCAUGUAUUCAUCCUUUUUUUUUUUUUUUCUCCAAAUCUUUUUAGUUUUGCAUAAAAAAAAAAUAAAAAAAAAUGUAUGCUGCUGUUUGCAACAUAACACCACAUCUUUAGUUGUGCAUGCUUUUUUCACAAGACAUAUUCCUGAUUAGAAGUUACGCAAUGUUUCUAUAAAAAACAGAAUUCAGUAUGAACUGAGCUGCUGACGUGAGAUAUUAUUGACUGUGGGGCCUAGUCGUCUCAUUAACUCAACUCACACCGAUUGCUCUUUAACUCAGCUGAGUAUGUACUGAAGUUACUUUGUUUAACCCCUUAAGGACACAUGACAUGUAAUGAUUCCCUUUUAUUCCUGAAGUUUGGGCCUUAAGGGGUAGAGAAGGCAUGGUUAAGGUGGCUUGGUAGUGAUGAAAAAAAGGUGUAAAAUGUUGUUGCAUAUCAUGGUUUUAGUGUAUCCAGGAGAGUUUCUGAAUUUUUAUUUAAAACUCGAGGGUAUAACAACCAUAUUUAUAACAAUCAUAUCAUUUAAAAUGAUUAACCAAAUAACAUAUGACUUAAAACUUUGCAAACUUUAUUAAAAAUCACCAAAUUGCCAGUCAGUCCUAGAUGACCUUACCGCCUUUCGUACCAUUUAGCACCAUGUCCAUCCUCAUAACUUAACCCUGAGGAUGACUAUAAAUACCACGAUAAAUAACAAUCAAAAUGGGAGGGGGUCAGUCCGUGCCCCUGUUCAAGUCUACUGAAAAGUAUUUUGUCUUGCAUCCUGCUUAUUUGCUUUUCUGCUAUGUUUGUAGCUCAUGAUACUUGUCCAAUCCCAGGCCUGCUCCAGUCUCAUAGCAAAAACAGUGUCAUCUACGCCUGCCUAGCUAACUAGCUAAAUCUGUCCAGCUAAAAUUCGGUCGUGUGAUUUUUCACCCCCAUAGAAAGCAUUUAUUCAAUGCUUCCCUAUGGGAGUAUUUGAUGUGAGUGCAGUGCUCGACACACAUGCAUUGGGUCCUCUAUCAGGAGUAGGGAUCGACCGAUAUUGAUUUUUUUUUGAGCAGAUUCCGAUAAUUUGUGACGUUUCAGGCCAAUAGCCGAUAACUUACCGAUACCGAUAUUCUGUAUAUUUACCAUUUUUUAAAAAUAAAUUACUAUUUCUUCACAAAUCUAUUGUUAACUGAAGAUGUUUAUUUUAUUUUUUUGCAAAUUUUUUUUUAUUAAGGUAAAUGCACAAAAUAUACAUGACAGUCAGUUUUUUAUGUUUUCAAGAAUAUAUGUGUGUGUAGUGGAUGCAGUGAGAGUAUUUGAUUAAUGAAUGCAGUGUGUUUAUGUAUGUGUGUGUGUGUGUGUGUGUGUAAUGUGUAAAUAGUGAAUGCAGUUUGUUUGUGUAGUGUUUGUAUAUAAUGAAUGCAGAGUGUGUUUGUGUAGGUAUGUAAUGUGUGUAAAACGGGGGUGGGGUGGCGCAUUUUAUAUUUUUAUUUUUUAAGUAUAUAUAUUUUUUUUUACAUUUUGUUUUAGUCCCACCUCUCUGCUUCUUACCUGGCCAGGGAGGGGGGGGAUUCCCUGGGGGCCCAGCACACUCUUUCUUACCUUCCCAGCAGCUCCCCUGGCCUGCAUGCCGUGCGGAGCAUUGCCAUGGUAACCCGUGGCAAAGCUCUGACGACCACGAGACUCCCAAGAUUUAGACAGGGGAGCAGAAGGAAGCUGCUGGGAAGGUAAGUAAGAGUGUUCUGGUCCCACCGGGACCCUGAUGGCAGCCCUGGUCUGCAUUAUCGGUAAUAUCGGUAUCUUUAUUGGCUGAUACUGAAAUUGCUGAAAAUACAGAAUAUCGGCUGAUAAUAUCGGCCAGACCGAUAAUCGGUCGAUUCCCUAAUCAGCAGCAUUGGAUUGGACAGAGUCCGGAGGAGCUCAUGUCUCCUCCAUGACACCUGGGAAGGAGGAGAGGUAAGCAGUCCUGAGUGAGCUUUGGUGCUGGAAAAAUAUGCUGCAAUCUAUAUGUAACAUGUUGCUUGUACAAUUCUGUUGGAUAUUGGACAUUUAUUUACUGCAGAAGCUGGUUGCUGAUGCUUCACUGCUGCUGUAUUUUUGAGUAUUUAGGAGCAGGAGCGUGUGCAAUACAGCCUACUUCUCUUAUUUGUUGCUAGUAUUCAUUCAAUUAAAUGCUAUUGAAGUAUUUACUAGGGUGAAGUGUACAUUUAGUUCUAUAGCACAUGCUUGUGCUGGUGACAGCACCCUCUCAUGAUGGUCACAAUUUAAAAAAAAUAAAUAAAAAUUAAAUUUAUUUUCUACAAUUAAUGCCAAGCGCAAACCAGGCUUUUCUCUCUCAUAACAUACCAGUGAUAUGCAUUUUAACAGCCUUGCAGUUGCUGUAUAUACAGAUUUUAAAAAAAAAAAAGGGGGUGGGGUGAGAGGCGGGCAUUUGUACAAAAAUUGUGAUAGGUGACUCUUUUCAAUUGUUAUUGUAUAUGCUAAUUGUCAUAUAUGCUAAUUGUAACCUAAACAUUCUUUUGUAUUUUUUGGUUUCCCCCAGAUAAUGUUGAUGACCCAACAGGCAACUUCCGCAGUGGCCCCCUGACUGGUUGGAAAGUGUUCCUGUUGCUUUUAGCUGCAUUGUUGGGUAUUAUAGUCUGUGCUGUUGUGGGAGCAGUUGUGUUUCAAAAACGUCAAGAAAGAAACAAGCGCUUCUAUUAACUGGAUGUUGCGGAGAACAUUAUGAAUGCCCAAAUGUGAACUUUGUUGGGGUUUUUUUUUGUUUGUUUUUUUUCUUUUAAAUUACAGAUUGUAUAAAAUUUAUUACUUUUGUAGGUUAAAAAAAACCCCAUAUAAUUUGUGAUAUUUUCAUACUUUAGUUCACGGUAGGUGGGAUUUGAAUCUUAAUUUAGUUCUGUAAUUUUUUUAAAUUUUUUUUUUUUUUUCCAGUUUUUUCUUUUUAAAUUUUGGGCAAAUGAAACAACACAAUUUUUGACGGCUUUGCAUAGAGAUUUUGGGAAGCUAUGCCUAUGACUCUUAUUCUCAGAUUAUAUUGCAAAGCAUUCUACUGACUGUCAUCUGAUACAGCCUUUUAGCAGCAAGAUCCUGUGGAUUAGUACAGCUGCUCCGCACAGAUGAAUGUCAAUCACAAGAGACCACAGGUAUCAUGGUCUCAAAGAACUAAAUAUGGGAUUUAAUUAAAAUGCGUGGGUCUUGCUGAUAUUUUAAUGUUUACUGAAACAUGAUGACGGGGAAAGGUUUUUUUAUUUUUACUAUUCUGCACUGCAUAUCUUCUAAAACCUCUUAAGAAAGGUUUUAUGCCACUAAAUGAAAUAUACCUAUUUCUUUCUUAAGAAUGUGGAUGAUUUUCCAGGAACAGUGUGUGGAAAUUUUACCUAUUAAAAAUAGGAGGAAUGUGUACUAAAUUGUCAUUUAAUGUAUGGUACAUAUAAGUACUAGAGAGUUAAAACCAUUUAAGCAGCUUCAGAGACUUGUAUUUCACAAUAGGACUCUGUUUUAAGCUACUUUUUUCUUUUCUCCUCUGCAUUUGUAAGUUUAAGGAUCUGUGUCUUUCUCGUUACUCUAUCCCCUCCAAAUGUCAAUUUCACUUGUGUAUUUUAAUGGGGCUAUUGUAUGGAAUUUCAUGUCUUCCAACCCGUCAACUCCUUAUACCCUGUUUAAUGAGAAGCCCUACUAGAAUGAGGUUGGAAGAUGCAUGCUAAGCCACUCAAUGCAACAAACACAAGACAAAAUCAUGGCAAAUCCCUGAUGUGCUGACCUAAUUUGAAUUAGGUGGUUCCUCCCGUUCAGGCAUCCACUAUUGUUAAAUGAUUGUUAUAAGCUAUAUAUAAAAAUGAAGCAAUGUAAAUUGGAG